UAUCAUACUAGCAUCAGUGAAGAAAAUCAAGGUGUUAUCUCUGUUGCAGAUGCAGAGAUGGAGGGAGAGGGAAAUUUGGAGAAAUAAAAAGGGGAGGUGGGGGAAUUUGAGAGAAAAAAGAGAUGUCAGACCUCGACAGACAAAUAGAGCAACUGAAGAGGUGCGAGCCCCUGAAGGAAUCGGAAGUGAAAGCUCUUUGCCUCAAAGCUAUGGAAAUCCUCGUCGAAGAGAGCAACGUUCAACGCGUCGAUGCUCCCGUCACCAUAUGUGGAGAUAUCCAUGGACAGUUUUAUGACAUGAAAGAGCUUUUCAAGGUGGGAGGGGAUUGCCCGAAGACUAGUUACUUGUUUCUUGGAGAUUUUGUUGAUAGAGGAUAUUACUCUGUUGAGACAUUUCUGCUUCUUUUAGCCCUUAAGGUGAGAUAUCCAGAUCGGAUAACACUCAUUAGAGGGAAUCAUGAGAGCCGUCAGAUAACACAGGUGUAUGGAUUUUAUGAUGAGUGUUUGCGUAAAUACGGCUCAGUGAAUGUUUGGAGAUAUUGCACCGAUAUAUUUGAUUACAUGAGUCUGUCAGCUCUCAUUGAGAAUAAGGUUUUUAGUGUUCAUGGUGGUCUCUCUCCUGCUAUAUCAACAUUGGAUCAGAUUCGAACAAUUGAUAGGAAGCAAGAAGUACCUCAUGAUGGUGCUAUGUGUGAUCUUCUCUGGUCAGAUCCUGAAGAUAUUGUUGAUGGUUGGGGGUUGAGUCCACGUGGUGCUGGUUUUCUAUUUGGUGGUAGUGUGGUCACUUCUUUCAACCACUCUAACAAUAUUGAUUACAUAUGUCGUGCUCAUCAGUUGGUGAUGGAAGGGUAUAAGUGGAUGUUCAGGAACCAAAUAGUCACUGUUUGGUCAGCUCCAAACUACUGUUACAGAUGCGGUAAUGUUGCUGCAAUCCUUGAGCUGGAUGAGAAUCUUAACAAGCAGUUUCGUGUGUUUGAUGCUGCCCCUCCGGAAUCAAGAGGUGCACCUGCCAAAAAUCCAGCACCUGAUUACUUCUUAUGAUAUUUGAUUACAUGAAGUUUUAUCAUGUGGACAAGUGAAUUGAUGGAGAAGAAAAUUUAUGGUGGUUUGGACAAGAAUUCUCUCACACGGUGGUAAGGUUACCCAAUGAUCAACUCUUGAAAUGAUUAGCAAGAGUAGCCUUUUGCUCUUUUAUAUGUUUGGAUCAUUCUCGCAUCCUCUUUCACCAUUUUUUGAUGUUUCUGUGCAAUAGUAGUAAUGUCUUACGCUAUGUGCGAUUGUGUCAUGGAAUAUGGGACCCCCAUCAUUUAUUUAGGAGAGGCAGUGGGGUCUUGUAAAACUAGGUUGCUCCACUUGGAUUGCUUGUGGGAGGAUGAAGGCAAAAAAUUGGGUCUGGGGAGAAGGAAGCAAAGAAAGGUGCUCUCUAAUAUGUUUUUGUUUUGUCUUUUUCGGACAAUAAAAUUUUGAGUAUUUUCUAUCAA